UAGUGGUGGUGCCCAAGCAGCAGCAGGGCCUUGCCUUUGUGGUUAUAGAAAGAGAAGAUGGCUCCCGUUCUGGAGAAACAGCUCCCGGGCGCAGCCGGGGCAGGCGACAAUAACAACGAAGAGGAAGAAGGACAAAACCUAUGGACCUCAAUACUGAGUGAAGUUUCAACUACAUCGAGUUCAAAGUUGCCAUCGGGAAAAAAUAUCCUGAUAUUUGGUGAGGAUGGAUCCGGAAAAACAGCACUUAUGGCUAAACUUCAAGGAACGGAUCACAACAAGAGAGGCAGGGGACUGGAGUAUCUGUACUUAAAUGUCCAUGAUGAAGACAGAGAUGAUCCUACUCGCUGCAAUGUGUGGAUCCUGGAUGGAGACCUAUACCACAAAGGCCUACUUAAGUUUGCGGUUUCAGCUCAGUCACUACCUGACUGUCUAGCUGUGUUUGUUGCGGAUAUGUCACGGCCCUGGACCAUUAUGGAGUCACUGAAGAAGUGGGCCAGUGUGCUACGUGACCAUGUUGACAAGCUAAAGAUGUCUCCAGAGGACAUGAGAGAAAUGGAGCAGAAAAUGGUGAAAGUGUUCCAAGAGUACACAGAACCGGAGGAUGCCCCCCCAUCCUCUCCACAGAGACGGGCCCCGACAGCAGGGGAAGACGAGGCUGUUGUGCUACCACUUGGGGACAACACGCUCACACACAACCUGGGCAUUCCAGUGCUAAUAGUUUGCACAAAGUGUGAUGCAGUCAGCGUACUAGAGAAGGAGCACGACUACAGAGAAGAGCACUUCGAUUUCAUCCAGUCCCACAUUAGGCAAUUUUGCUUACAGUAUGGAGCUGGUCUGAUCUACACUUCAGUCAAAGAGGAGAAGAACAUGGAUCUGCUUUACAAAUAUAUAGUGCAUAAGAUGUACGAGUUCCAGUUCACCACACCGGCCUUAGUGGUGGAGAAGGAUGCAGUGUUCAUUCCAUCUGGAUGGGAUAAUGAGAAGAAAAUUGGGAUUUUGCAUGAAAACCUAUCAACAGUCAGACCCGAGGCUCCGUUUGAAGAUUUUAUCACGAAGCCUCCAGUACGAAAGCUGGUUCAUGAAAAAGAGAUCAAUGCAGAGGAUGAGCAGGUAUUCCUGAUGAAACAACAGUCUUUGUUAUCGAAGCAGCCGGCCACACCAACAAGAGGAGCGACGGAGUCUCCAGGACGGACAGCCUCAGGGUCUCCCAGGCCUGCGGGUCGCAGCGGCCAAUCCAACGCGACCAGCGCCUCACCAAUGGCUGCUGUCAAAAAGCCUGACCCGAACAUGAAGGCGGGGGCUGCCAAUGAAGGAGUGCUGGCUAACUUCUUCAACAGCCUGUUGAGUAAAAAGACCGGAGCACCGGGGAGCCCGGGGAGCCCAGGAAGUGGAGCAGUAGGAGCUGGAGUCCAAGGGUCCGCCAAGAAAACAGGGCAGAAGCCGGGUUUGACUGACGUCCAGGCGGAGUUGGACCGGAUGACUCGCAAACAAGACUCCAUGGUUUCAACGAACAACGUACCAGCGCCGACCGAGAACGAAGCGUGAAGGCAACAAAAACCGCUGCGUCGCCCACUGCGUUAAUACUCUGGAAAUAUACAUGUACAUGUGAGCAUACAAAAUUGACCAAAUUCCCAAUGUCUAUAUCAGUCAGCACACACGGUGGUUUCACCAAAAUGAGUUUCAGAUGCUACCAGAUGUUUUGGUGUUCUGGUGAAAUGGGAGGAGAGCAGAGAUGGAGGUGUUUAAUGAGAUGAUACGUGCUGAUGGCUUGGCUUUAUUUCUGUCCUCUCUUCCACUGUAAAUGUUCUUCUGUGAGGGAUGUCAUUUUACAGAAAUGAGUGCACACUCCCGGCAGGACCCCCCAGUCUCUGGGGUGAAACACCCCCUCUUCAUGGGUUAAAGAGGGGAAACAUACUGGUCAUGUGGUUCAGCUUAUCUCACGGAAGGAAUUUGGUUGUGAUUGGAAAGGCAUUUAACUUUGAAAUAUAUUCAUUGAUAAAAGUAAUUGAAAUACAUGCAAACAUAGGUAGUAUGUAAAACAAUGUUGGAUAUGAUACUGAUGUAUUGGUACAAAGCUCCUUUUUCUUUUAUUUUGUGCACCAUUUAUCGGGUUAAGGAAGCAUUAAUCUGUAUCGCUUAAACGUGUUAAAAAAUUCCACUGACGUCAUGACACUAAUACAAGUCCAAAUCGCUGAUAUCAUAUCAUUUGCCCUACUCAUCUCGAAGGAUUCUGUAAAUAUAUACACAAAAAAAAAUGAUUCAGGUUAACUUUGAUUUUUGUAUAAAAUGCAAUUCUGUCCAAAUUAUGAAAUCGCUUGUUUGACUAAAUGAGACUGUUUGAGAUUUGAUGGGCUUAGAGGUUGCAAAGAGACCUUUAGCUACAGGUGUGUAUAUUUGGGGAUGGGGUUGGGCAGCAUCUUUCCUACUAUAACUCCCAAGUGCCUCGCACAGUUAGCGGUUUGUGUCAUAGUGGAGGUGCUCGUCUACACAAGAGGAAAUGCACCGUAGCACCAUCAGCUAAAAGGUUUUUGUCCAUUUCUUGUCAUCCAAAUAAUUUAUUUUCGUUGUACAUUUUUGUUAAUGUACAACAAGCCUGUGGUCUGUUAUUUUUCAGAAGGAAAAAAAUGAUUUCUGUGGCCUAGUUGAUAGUAUUCAAUAGCGCUAUAGAUUGAAUGCCUUCACACAAACUGUACAGGCUGCUGAUAUUAAGAAGAAACCACAUGAUGGAACUUUUGGAUCCCCCAGGAGAACGCUUACUGUGGUUUAAAGGACUCGCUUUGGUGGUUUAAAAGACACACGAUGAGAUAUUGUUUCCUUUGGCACGCUCCUCCGUCUGGUUCCACAUGUUUUAUUCACACUGUACUUCACAUGUCAGUUAAAAACAUUCCCAGUUUCUACAUGCAGUAGCUGUAGAGACGCAUCCCCUGUGGUGGCACCUGUUUGACCAGUCAGGCCUUUUUGUUCGGUCUCUUUCAGUGCCCGUUUCACAUAAUGACCUUUGCCUUUAAAUUUACCACCAACAGUCACACUGGGCACCCUGCCUUCACAGGAAUGCUCCUAAUUCAUUUGUGUGUCCUUAAAGGGUUGCUUCAUUGUGUUCUGUAGUUUAUUUCCUUUAAAAACUAAUUAUACAUUAUGCUGCACCAUAUCCAGUAAUCUAAUAUUUAUGGUUUCAUGACACCAUUAUCAAAUCAAAAUGAAUUAAGUGUACAUUAUCAUUGACUGUAUGCAAGGCCCUACUUAAUCUUAUGGAAAGUGUUCAGCAGCAUUCACAGAACUAAUGACUGUGAAGAGAGCAGCUAUUUGCUGUUCAAACAAUGGCAAAAAAGGAAAACUGGAGUGAAUUGGGACAUGGAACAAAGAUGCAUAUUAGUCACUAUUGUCUGCUUUUAUAGUUGAUAUUCAUCCAUAAGAUUAACCAGUGGCCAUUGUUUGUCCCACCCUUGCAUUCCAAACUUCAGAUCUGCCUAUGAACUCUUGUUUUGAGUAACACCCGAUAAACAUGGUAGCAAUGCCUUGCUCCAUUCAACCAUAUCUGGGGUUUCACGAGUCAAAGGAAAACAAAUACCAUAACUGUGUACAGUAGAUUAUGGUAAAUUCUCUAAAUUGGUCUGUCUACAAAUGCAAUUAGAGUUUCUCUUUAUAUUUGCUCUGUAAGGGAAUAACCACAGGACCAUAUUGCUGUACAGUUAACUUGAUGCACAAUUUGAUUUGUUAUCAAAAUGAUGCUACACAUCUGUUCUGGAUUUACUUUUGAUCCAAUUGACGCUCUUGUUUUUAUUUUUGCUUUGGUUUACUUUGUUUUGUGGGUGGGUGGGUGCGCCUGAGGGUCUGUUGCCCAAGUGGAUGAAGCACAAUUUAAUGACAGCCAGGAGCAGCAGCAGCAGCACCGCCGCAUGUUGAAAUAAGCACUUUUCCUUGGACACUUGUAUCAAUUCCCUGUUGCUACAGUUUAAGAUGCAGACUACAUAUUUUUCUUUUUGCCUUGCCUUUUUUUUUUUUUAGAACAUUUAGUAAUGAACCUAGAAGUUAAUCUACACAGUAAAACUGCAUUAUUUAUCUGCAUUUGCUGCUUAAGUUAUGGAAGGUGCCCCUGGUGGUUAACUAUGGAAUAACUGCUUUCUGCUGGUGAUUUUGUACAUUUGAUCAAUCCUUUUGAAAUCGUCAUAACACCUUUGCUAGGGAUGUUUUAAAGACGUCGUUAAAUAGAUAAACCAAAUAAAUGUCUGUUCAUUUUCAGGUUUUACCUUUUUGCCCAUGAAACCUCCGCUUGUUUACGUUUACAUCCUGAUUAGGCGUGUUUUCUUUGUGUUGUCAAAUACGGCUUUGCCCAUAGACACCUUCUGUUUAAAAUAGUUUUGAAAUGCCACCCUAACCUGAUUGACCACACGGAUACGUCAUAUCAUUAUACAUCAUAUUUCAUAUAACAUGGCCACACUUGUUAAAUUUGGCGUUUAGCCGAGUGGAAUGAAUUGCUCUCAUGCUGCUUGGCUUCAAAGUUGCACUCGCUCUUUGUAACGGUUGGAUGUCGCUCCCAAUAUUGAAUAAUGAACAGUUGUAACUUUUGUACCCAAACGUCAGUUGAAAGCAACUGCCUCCUCACAUCCUAACUGAAUUGCCUUCGACCACUAUUGACAGCCUCCAUCUAUGUGAGACUGUGGGCUUCUGCUUCCAGUCCUUUUGUAUUCCGGAUAGCAACACAUUGUAAGCACAUGGCUGGCUGCAUUUUUGUGUCCUGAAUUAAUUCAGAAGUUUGAUUGUAUGACUUUAACACAUUUCUGUAGCCUUUAAGCUGCCGUGUGGAUUCUCGCUUCUUACGCCGACAAAGAUAAGGAAAAUGUUCAUCAGACCCCUGGCUUCAAUAAAACCAAGAAUCCAAA